AUUUCAUUACAAAUCCAUGUGUGUUUAAAAAAUUGGCUUAUCACUACAGUUUGUGGUGUGAUCUGUUAAUGGAAUUUUUUUCUCUUUAACAAGGUGGAAGCAUACAGAAGAGACCCCGUCUGGACAUUGAAAGACCUGCUCCCCUGGAUAGUAACAACUACAAGUUCCACACUGUACUGGGACAAGGAGGCUUUGGCCAGGUGAUGUUGGCUUCUUUUAGACCAAAUAAACAACUGGUGGCAAUUAAGAUCUUGAAGAAACAGAAGAACGACUGCUAUUCCAUCGCUAAAGAAGCUCGUGUAUUGAAGAUCAGCAGAGAAUGUGCAUUUUUAUGCCAUUCUUAUGCAACUUUUCAGUCAGAGCUUGAAGCCUUCUUUGUCCUGGAGUAUGCCAGUGGGAAAUCUUUAUGGCAAAUGAUUAUGCGUGAAGGAGGUCUGCCAAUGUCGACAAUCAUGUUCUACACAGCAGAGAUGGUGGUUGCCCUCCAGUUCCUGCAUUCUAAGGGAAUCAUUCAUCGUGAUCUGAAGCCGGACAACAUAUUAGUGGAUAAAGACGGCCACAUAAAGAUCUGCGACUUUGGCAUUGCAGAAGAGAACAUCUUUGGCCAGAGGAAAACCUACGGCUUAGCAGGAACCCCUGGAUAUCGGGCACCAGAGAUUCUAUUAAAGGAAGACUACAAUACAGCCGUGGAUUGGUGGUCUUUCGGGGUGACAAUGUAUGAAAUGGCCACAGAUGAAUUGCCAUAUUCAACAUCAGGCAGCAUUUUAAGGCAGCGCUAUAUGAUUUUGAACAAAACACCAAAAUAUCCAUGUUAUAUGAGCGAGGAAAUGCUGGACCUCCUGCCUAAGCUUUUGGAGAUUGAUAACACCAAACGAAUUGGACAGAAUGGGAACAUCAGGGAGCAUCCUUUCUACAGCACUAUCAACUGGGAUGAUCUGGAAAAUCGAAGACUGAAGACACCUUUUCAGCCAGAAAUGCCAUCUGCGGACGACUUAGAUGAAUAUCCGCUAACAUUCUCCCCUCAUAGUUGCAAUGGAAAGAAUUUGAAAGAUUUCUCGGAAGUUGAUCCCAACUGGAAUUGGCAGGAGUAAGGCAUUACCUCUGUUCUAACAUGGGAUACCAUCAUUAGUUGCUGCCUGUAACAACCUGUGGCCUUUAACAUCUGUGGCAAGCUGCACCCCUAAACAACCAAUCCACCUGUUGUACCAAACCUAAACCAUCUCCUGUGAAUGUCACCUGGUUCUACCAUCAAAGCCAGCACCAGACGGGAUCUCUGACUGUAGCUUCUAAAGGAUGGAAAAUAGGAAGGUAAUAUGGUAAGGUUACAUCUUGAAUGAAAAUUGCUAAAUAAAAACAGGUUAACCCCACCUCCCCCAAACAUCUGCCUCCCUCCUAUUCCCUUACCUGUGAUUAACCCCUAUCCUAAGUGGCCCACUCCAGUGGCAUAACUAUAAAGGAAGCAGACCCCAUGGCUGCGGGGGGCCCGGAUCUACUUCCUUUAUACUGUCUCCCUCCUACUCCCUUAUCCCUGAUUUGCCUCUUUUUUAAUCACUAAACCACACCCCAAACUUCAGUCUCUCUCUUAUUCUCUUACCCAUGAUUGACCCCCUUCCUAAGUGGGUCACACCAACAGCAUAACUAUAAAGGAAGCAGACCCUCUGGCCGCGGGGGGCCCGGAUCUACUUCCUUUAUACUGUCUCCCUCCUACUCCCUUAUCCCUGAUUUGCCUCUUUUUUAAUCACUAAACCACACCCCAAACUUUAGUCUCUCUCUUAUUCUCUUACCCAUGAUUGACCGCUUUCCUAAG